AUGAAAGACCUGAAGUCGUACUCAGAUUUAGCCUUAAUGUCUCUCCAUGCUGAAAGUGAGGACCGCUCCAUGCGCGUGACAAAUUUGCAUACAGUCACAAUGGCGUACUCCCCUUUGAUAUUUAAUUACAUGAAUAUUAAGGGGGAGAAAGAACUAAUUAGAAAAUGUUCAGAGGUUUGGGAGAGUCAAGAAAAAGAUCCAGAUCUUCCUAAGAAGCUGAGCAUCGCACAUCAGUUCUUAAACUGGUUCAAAACACUGAAAGAAACGCACGGGCACGUGGAACUGAAUUCAUUGAAGCAGGUUGAUCUGAUCAUAGAAAAAGGAGUGUUUUUUGUAGGAAAAACAAACUUUUUGUUUAGAGCAAACGAAAAGUAUUUCCAUAACCUACUUCGUACUGGAGAUGAGAAUAUUAUUGGAUUCAAAGUCACAGAUACAAUAAAGGAACUUUCUACUUCGUUAAGCAAAUGCAGACGGGUGGUUAUCCUUGAUGAUCCCCAUCUAGCGUCAAGAGUGAGAGGAAAAAUUGGAAGAGAGAACUGCUGUGUUACUUCUGCUUCCACCGAGAAACUUCAUUCAGCAGAUCUUAAGUACAGCUACAAUGGAAAUUGCAAAGGUAUAAAUUCGUACGAUAUAUAA